AUGUCCUGUGGCUGCUUGCACCUCCAGCUACUGUUCCUGAAGUGCUGCAGGGAAGGCGUGUACGUAGAGGAAAGUGAGGCAGUGGGCAUUGUCCCUGCGUACUCACUUCCAGUGACCAUGGCACCGGUCAAAGAGGAAAGCGUCAGGAGAACUUGGCAGGCGGUUUCCAACUUGACCCAGGCACCAACCCGCUCCCAGCUGCCCGGGCCUCGCCGGGCAGCCGUUUGUGAGACACCCGGUCCGCAGUUCCCCAGCAGAAGUCAGAAGCGCGGUGGACCAGGCACCCGAGAGACCCGCACAGUGAGCUCCCGCCCCCCUCCCACCAUGCCUCCGCCCCCCACGCCCACUGCUAAGGUGCUGGAGAUGCUGAAGGAGUGGUGCCAGUCGGUGGGCGCCGACACCCGGCGCUCGCUGCUCAUCCUGGACAUUCCCGAGGAGUGCCAGGAGGGUGAAUUCGAGGAGGCGGUGCAGGCUUCCCUGCAGCCUCUGGGCAGCUACCGGGUGCUCUGCAGGGCCUUCAGAAAGGAGCUGGGCACCAGGGUGGCUUUGGUGGAGUUUGCUGAGCGUUUAAACCGAAAUCUGAUCCCCCAAGCCAUAGCAGGCAGCGGGGCUCUGUGGCCUGUGGCCUUCCUGCCGCACGCCCGGGAGGCCGAGGCCCAGGACAGCCCCGGUGGCGCAUUGCCCGAGGGGCACGGGGCAUCUGGGGCGGCGGCGGUAGUGGGUGAGGAAGGCGCGUCUGAGGAGGCGGGAGACGUGGGCUGGGUCCCCUUAGGCGACAAAGGAAUGGCCCGCGUGGCAGGCGGUCCCGUGGGGGGGGUCGCCGCUGGGGGGCAAGGAGCCGGGGAUGAGAAAGGAGCCGCGGGGGAGGAAGUAGCUGGGGGGCUUAAGGAGUUUGGAGCAGAGAAGGGAGCUGGGGAUGAGGAGAGAGUGGCAUCCGAGAAGGGACCAGAAGGCACGGCGGCGGCAGCGAUGGUGGCGGCGGCAGGUGCGGGAGGUGAGGAAGGGGCUGAAGCUGAGGCCCAAGAUGGAGACAAGGAGGGACCAGGGGGAAAGGAAGCUGCUAAGGGCAAAGGAGGAGCUGAGGGCCAGGAAGGGACCGGGGACGAGAAAGGAGAUGGAGAUGAGGAAGGAUCCGGGAGUGAGGAGACGUCGUCUUGGAGUGAGGACGGAGCCGCAGGCCGAGAUGGAGCUGGCGGCGAGGAGGACGGUGAGGAAGGAGGUGGGAGCGAGGACGGGUCCGGAGAGGAGGACAGAAGCGAGGAAGGCGAGGACGGGUCCGGGGAGGAGGACGGAAGCGGUGAAGGUGAGGGAGGAUCCCGGGAGGAGGACGGGAGCGGCGAUGGAGGCGAGGACGGGUCCGGCGAGGAGGACGGCAGUGAGGGAGGAUCCGGGGAGGAGGACGGCAGUGGAGGCGAGGAAGGAUCUGAGGAGGACGACGGAAGCGAAGUUGAGGAAACGGGUGGCGGGGAGGAAAGGUCUGGGGACGAGGAAGGGAUGGGGACCGCGGGCGAAGAAACUGGAGGCGAGGGCGAGGAGGGAGAUGGGGACGGAGAAGAAUCUGGGAGUGAGGACGGAGCUGGAGGCCCGGAAGCAGAGCCCGGUGAAGGAGCAGGGGGCAAGGCCGGUGGUGGGGGCGAGGAAGGGGCGGCAGGCGGGGAGAGAACCGAAGGCCAGAAAGCUCCCCAGGUUGUGGGACGAGGAGCUGGGGCCAGGAAAGGCGUCCGUGGUGAGGAGGAUGAAGGAGAUGGCCGCUGUGGGGCCUCCGGGGGCGAGGAAGGCUCUGCGGAUGAGGAAGGCUCUGGGAGUGAAGGAGGAUCGGGGGAGGAGGCGGGAUCCGGGCCUGAGAGCCAAGAGAGCGGAGAGGAGGAAGGAGGCGAGGGAGGCCCCGGGGUCCGGGGAGGAGCUGGUGAAGGCGAGGGGGUGGCCGUGGGUGCAGAGGGCGGGGCUGGGAGCGAGGAGAGAGAUGGCAGUGAGGGCGUCUCGUGGGCCAGCAGAGUGGUGGGUGCGGGGAAACGCCCUGGCCGGGCACCCUGGGCUUUGGAGGAGGACAGCAGCGACAGCGACAGUGACGCGCUGCAGGAAGGCUUGGGAGGCGAGGCAGAAGAUCCGGGCGAGGGAGCAGCUGCCGGUGAAGGAGGAGCCCCAGCCGAGGCUGGGGCGGAGGCUGGAGUUCUGGGUGAGGCAGAAGAGGCGGCCGAGGAGGAAGCGUUAGAUGAGAAAGGAACCCCCCCUGUGGCAGAGCUCUCCGGUGAGGAAGGGGCUUCCGGUGAGGAAGAAGGAGCGGGCAUCUCUGGAGCCGAAGGUGCUGAGGGAGAAGCAGGGGGCGUGGGCGCAGCGGGGGGCGCGGGGGCCCCCGGAGCGGCGGAUGCGGCCAGAGUGUCCGAUGAGGAGGGCGCUGGGGGCGACAUGGGCUUCGCAGGGGUGAUGGGGGUCGUGAGUGUGGCGGGUGCAGCGGGCGAGGCGGGCGUGCCGGGCGAGGAAGGCGCCUUCGACGCAGCCCGAGGGACCGAUGGGUCCGGCGCCUGGGCCCAGCAGUGGAGCCAGGCCCUGCAGCCGAUCCUGGAAAACAUGGCCUACCAGGAACUGAGACCGUUCUCCGGGCGGGAAGAGCCAGGCUGUGGGGAAGAGUCCUUCGAGAGCUGGCUGGACCACGCCAACGACAUGCUGUACCUGUGGCGCUACAUCUCUGAGCGGGAGCGGAGGCGGCGGCUGGUGGAGAGCUUGGGCGGGCCCGCCCUGGAUCUCCUGUGCGGGCUCCUGGAGGAGCACCCCGACACCCCCGCGCAGGACUGCCUGGGCGCGCUCGUGCAGGUGUUUGGGAACAAGGACACCCGGAUGACCGCGAGGCUGAAGUUCCUGACGUGCUCCCAGCGGCCGCGUGAGACUCUGUUUGCCUACGUGAUGCGCCUGGAAGGCCUGCUGCAGAUGGCCAUGGAGAAGGGGGCCAUCCACCCAGCGGUCGCCGACCAGGUGCGAGCCCGCCAGGUGCUGAUGCGAGCCCGGCCCAACCGCGUGCUCCAGAACAACCUGAGGAGGUUGAGGCUGGAGCGGAGGCCCCCGGGGUUUGUGGGGCUGCUGCGGCUAGUGCGGGAGACCGAGGCGUGGGAGGCGGGCCUGGCUAGGAAUGAGCGGGCCCACGGAGAGGUAGGAGCCAGGGGGCAGAGCGGUGGUCUGGCUGUCGCCCAGGCUGUGUGCGCCCACGGAGCUGCUGCUGCCGAGUCCGCCCUGGCCGCUGAAGGGGCCCCCCAGGGCCCCGCAGGCAGCGACGGUGCCCGCGGGGCCGCCUUGUGUGCCCACGGAGACGGAGCUGCUGCGGAGCCUGACCCUGACCAGACUGCCGGAGAGGCCACCGCUCGCGACCGAGAAGAUGCCGCUGUGCCUGCAGGCCUGAGCCAGGCAGCAUCCACCGAGGCUCCUGGCGCCCCCAGCCUGGCCCACAUGGGCCUUGCUUGUGGGGAGGGCCCGGGAGGGCCUGGCUGGGAGCCACAGAGCCUCCUCCGGGCAGCAGAGCAGGAGGCUGAGGAGUCCCAGCAGUAUCAUCUGGGGGAGCUCGAGGACAUCGUGGAGAACAUCCUCGAGUCCGAGGAGGAGGACGAUGACUACGACGAGGAGCUCGGGCAGGCAGCCAGCCUGGACACCCCAGUGAAGGACCAGGUCCGACCACGAUCAGGGGUGCCUGAAGACCAGACUGGGAGGUGUUCGGGUGGAGAGGCCACCAGUGUCCAGCCCCGAGGGGAGGUCCCGGCCCACCGGCCCAAGGCCAGGUGCCAGCAGAAAAGAGUGGACGAUGAAGACGACGAUGACGAGUGA